AUGGAAGGCAUCCAGACUCACCCGUCCAACGCGGCGCAAGCCAAGGCCUUUACUGCGCCUGGAUCGCUGUCGUUCCCCGGAGCCACGAACGAGCUCACACCGCCGCCUGUCGGCAACAGCGAUGCUCAGCAACCUGCUCCUAAUGGUCAGCAGGCGGCAAAUGGCAACGGGGUGGCACCCGCAACGCCUGUCGCGACGCCUGCUGCUACUCAAGGACCCAGUGGAAUCACUCCCACUCUACAGAACAUCGUGGCUACAGUGAACCUUGACUGCCGCUUGGACCUCAAGACCAUCGCUCUGCACGCGCGUAACGCAGAGUACAACCCCAAGCGUUUCGCUGCCGUCAUCAUGCGAAUUCGUGAGCCCAAGACGACCGCCCUGAUCUUCGCUUCCGGCAAGAUGGUUGUCACCGGUGCCAAGUCUGAGGAUGACUCGAAGCUCGCUUCCAGAAAGUACGCCCGUAUCAUUCAGAAGCUUGGUUUUAACGCCAAGUUCACCGACUUCAAGAUUCAGAACAUUGUUGGCUCUUGCGAUAUCAAGUUCCCUAUCCGACUGGAGGGUCUGGCAUCUCGCCAUCACAAUUUCAGUUCCUACGAACCUGAGCUGUUCCCUGGUCUUAUCUACCGCAUGAUCAAACCUAAGAUCGUGCUACUCAUCUUCGUCAGUGGAAAGAUCGUUUUGACAGGUGCCAAAGUCCGCGAGGAAAUCUACCAGGCCUUCGAGAUGAUCUAUCCUGUGUUGCAAGAUUUCCGAAAGGUCUAA